GCACUUGCGACUGAUAUCAUUCCUGGAUUACCAGCGUUCCAACAGCCAAUUAUGUCAAUGGAAGAAGACGACGUUAGCGAUCAAGAAAUCGGUCAAUUGGAAGAUCAUGGACCGUUUCAAUCUUUAUCCAGGCUGUGGGGACAUCAUGCACACCUUGCUGUAUUUAUUAAUUACGUAUUAUCUAAUAGUGAUCCUUCUAGUUUGUUAUUUUAUUUAAUAACUGAUUUGUACAAGGAGGGAAAUGCCAAAGAGAUGAAGAAAUGGGCAUACGAAAUUCACUCUAGUUUUCUAGUACCUGGUGCGCCGUUACGUCUGCAUAAUGUGGAUGAGAAUGUCGCGAAUGAGAUUGAUGAUGUUCUCUUGAAAGAAUCUGAUAAAGAAGAAAUUCUCAGAAAGAUAUUCUGGAAGGCACGUACUAGAGCGAAGGAAGAGUUGAACGAACAGCUGACGCAUUUCCAGCAGAAGAGAACCGCAGGACUGGCCACAAUCUUCGGUCCAACCGAUAUUUCGCUCGAUGAGAGUAUAUCCGAUAAAGCGCGGGAAACGAAAAUUAUUGAGACGUAUCUUCUGCCGAAAAUGGAACCUUAUCUGGAAGACAUAGAGAAGGAACAUGUGGAUUUGCGGCUCUUUACGACAGCAGCUGGUCUAGCAACUAUAUUAAUAAAGAUUUUCCAAUUGCGACCAGUAUGGAUCGAUCGAGUGCCUACUUUUGUUGCAAAAGACAAAUCCAACAUUAAAGCACGGCUGCUUACUGGAAAAUCGCGUAAGAUGACGAUCAGAGGACACCACUUCGUAGCGCAUCAAUAUUUCACGAUAACUUACUGCAAUCAUUGUCAACUUAUUAUCGGCGGAAUUGGCCCUCAAGGAUAUUUAUGCAGUGAUUGUUCCCUCAGCGUACAUCGGCAAUGUGUUCGUGUAGUAGAGGAGAGUUGUCCUGGUCCUUUAAUGCGAAAAGAAAGAGGCAAUGAUAGGAUCAGUAAAUUGAUGGAACGUAUUCGACCGGAGAGGAAACCUCCAUCCUCUCAUCAUCAUUCUCAGAAUCAUAUAUCGCAUC